ACAACUGGGCAUUGACGCGGGCGGACGUCUGUUACCAGACACGUUCAGAUAUUAGUGUAACAUGAAACUAGUGUAAGAUUAAAAAAAAUGGAACAUCAGAAUUUGGAGAAAAUGACGUCAACCAGUCUAAUGCUGCCGAGAGAGAAUGGGGAGAAGGGGGAGAAGAUAGUUAUUAUUACUCCAAACAAUGGCGUGGGGAAGAUACUGAUCAGAGAGGACACAGCUCUAGGCAACUUGCCGGGAUGUUCAGGAUGGUCGCGUGCGCAUUUCAACUGCUCCGGUGUUAAAAAACAGUGGUCGGUGUUAUGCUGGGGUCAACAGUCAGACAAAAGAUAUUACUUCUUAUUGGUACUCCUGUCUGCCACGUUCGCGCUGAGUCUCAUCGGUACAAUAUUCUUUUGCUUCACGAAUACAAUCAAUGACGCUAUAUUAUCUAACAUGGUGAUAAGGAACAACAGCGUCGCAUAUGACAUGUGGCGACGACCUUCCGUACAGCCCUUGAUGAAGGUCUACCUCUUUAACUACACCAAUUGGGAAGAUGUCAAAGAAAGGAGAGCGAAACGACUGCAUGUGGAGGAAGUCGGCCCUUAUGUGUACUCGCAACAGUUGGAGCGUGUUAAAAUAAAAUUUGACAAGGACAAGCUAAGCUACAACGAGAGGAAUGACUUCAGGUUCUUGCCUGAUGAGUCCAAAGGCGCUCACUUCGACCAGGUCAAUGUGCCCAAUCUACCACUUCUUGGCGUUAUUUCGAAAGCAAAGGAUAUGGAGAUAAAUCCUUUUGUCCAAAUGACUCUCAACACCGCACUCAAUUUCGGCAAUCAUCCUGAUGCUUUCGUCAAAUUGCCUGUACACAGGUUUCUAUGGGGCUAUGAUGACACCAUAAUCGAUACAGCGAAACCUAUCUUGAGCCUGCAAGGGAAGUUAAACUUUAAGAAGUUUGGACUCUUAGUUACUAAAAACGGCACCGUUUCCGAACGUCUCACAAUAAACACGGGUGAAAUUGACAAGGACAAGAUGAAUAUAAUUCAGGAGUUAGAUGGAAAAGAGUAUUUACCUUACUGGUCGAGCCGUGAAUGUAACAGUAUAGAAGCAUCCGAUGGAACAAUCUUCCCACCAUCGAUGCUGGAUCGCAACAAGACUCUGUACGUCUUGUACACCAAUCUCUGCAGACGUCUGCCUUUUGUGUACGAAAAGGACGUUGAGAUAGCGGACGGAGUCCAGCUGAUGCGGUACCGGAUGCCGUUGGACGUGUUCGACGACCCGGCGCACAACUCUGCCAACCAAUGCUUCUGCGAGCUAGACACCGGCGUGUGCCCACCCCGCGGCAUUAUCAACGUCACUGCUUGCGCUAUGGGUGCACCAGCUCUCGCUUCCUUUCCUCACUUCUACCUGGGUGACCCAAUGCUAAGAGAACAAGUGACCGGCCUCAAGCCAAACCCAGAACUCCACAAAUCGUACCUGGAUAUACAUCCGACACUCGGCAUCGCGCUAAACGGCAAAUCAACACUUCAACUCAACAUCCAAGUGAGGAAAACUCCGAUGUAUUCGUCUGUAAAUUUCUUGGAUGAUGGACUUAUUCUACCUGUAGCGUGGAUUGACAUGGGCGUGGAUAAAUUACCAGAAACUCUUAGAUCCCUCGUGUACCAUGGCACAUACUCGACGGCAGCUGUACAGCUGGGCCUUACAGUGAUCUGCAUUAUUUCCCUAGUAGUAUCCGGAAUCUGCCUCUUUGUUCUCUUCGUACGUAGAAGACAGAAACCAUGUGCAACUGGAAAGCAAAUAACAGAAUCAGAACUUAAACCUCAAUUGUCAUGAGAAAGGUCUUUUUUUUAAUUAGGUUCAUUUUGCAUUCGCCGAACAUCACUAAUCGAUCUUUUUUAAUUCUUAUUUAGUCAAUACUAUACAACACUAAUAGUCUUUUUUCUAAUACAAAAUAGUAUUUUUUAAGUGAUUGACAAACAUUUAAAGUUGAUAGCACUGAAAUGAAGCAAAAAAAAAUACUUUUGAAAGACUAUCAAACAUAUUGCGCUACCUCGGGGAAGAGAUAAAAAAUUAUAAACGUUAUUACACCUCCAUAAACCUAUAACGAAAAUAUUAGAAUUGAGAUUUAAGGAUUAAUUAUUAAAAAAUAAUUUUCUAUCCACAUCAAAAACCAGAGCAUAAGGUAUGCCUGCCUAUGAUUUAGGGUAGGCCUAGGGGAAGACAGCUACUCAUUCCCCCGCCCCCCUUGGCGUCACCCAUUAACCAGUGGGAUCUACUAACUAGUUCCCUGGGAUCCAAAGAUCAUGACAAACCAGAAAUACGAUCUAAACCACCUGACACAAUAAGUGUCUAAAGCCCGCUACAUACGCUCAGUUAUAUCUCAGAUAAAUCUAACAAAACUGGCAACUGUUCAGUUUUCAGUUUUGCCCACACACUUUAGAUUUAUCGAAUGAUCCGACUAUUCAGAUGAUACCGUCAGUUAAAACCCAGCGUAUGUAGGGGGCUUAAUAUGAUUAUUAUUGAUAUUAUUGAAUCUCUCUACAUUAACCUAUAUUUUGAACCAGGUUAAUUUAAUCUACAUAAAAAAACUAAACGCAUCUCUUAUUUUUAUCUAGCAAAGUUAGUCCCAAAAGGAACAAUUUAUACAUUUUUAAUUAGCUACGUAAUCACUAUGCUCUAACAUUGCAUUCCAUUUGUAAAUAAUUAAAUUUAAGUUAUUUUAAGAUCAAAUGUAAGUAGGUAAAAGAAAACAGAAGCAACAUGUUGCAGACGGCUAAGAUUGAAAGAAAAAAAUUCGAUUACUUUAUUUAGGUUAUUUUAAAUAAUAUCGUUAUAUAUACUAUUGCAAGAUGGAAACAUUCAUAAACUACUGUAUCGAAAAAUCCUUUCGCCAUUAGAGCAACAUUAUCACUGAGCAAUAUAAUUUUUAUUAACGGGAAAGGUAUCAGACAUAUGUAUGUUCUUUGCCAUCCAGAAAAAGCUGGGACGUAUGUUGGUAGCCAUAUUAUUUAGUUAUUAAGACGUUUUUGUAUCUUAUUAUGUUAUGUUAUACAUUAAACUUUAAAUUUUCUACAUAAGUCUAGAUAACCUGAAAUUAUUCGUUUUACGUAUUAUUUUUAAGUUAAAAUACAAAUGAGAUUAAAAACUAUCAUUUACAAAGGUAAUAUUUACGUUAAAUACUAGUUUUUGUCUUCCUAUAACUUGUAAUAUUUAAAUACUUUAAAAUAAAAAAAAUUAACCAUAGUGUAAUGUAAUACCUACUUUUCAUAUUCAAAACUAUUAUCUACUUAGAUUGGGUUCGUUGUGUUAAUCCAAAUAAAUCAGUGUGAUAAAACUACACACCUAAUUAUUGUAUGUUUAGUGUGAAGUAAAUAAACGAUGUGUGUUGCCAGAAACUUUCUGGAUUGUUAUCCUUGUUCCGUUAAAUAAAACGAUUUACAAAGAUCUAUAGAAAAGAACUAUUUAUUACUUCUAACUUGUUAUAAAAAAAUAAACGAGAACUUUGAAUAAGGUAACAUUGUUUUCUUUGA